AUGGCUCCCGCUACUGGCACUACCUCCCGUCCUUGGGCCGAUGGCCCUUGGCCGUUGGUCGAAACACCGUCCAAAACACAGGAUAUUUCCAAACAUGAGGCUCUCUACAUCGCCAAUGAGAUGGCCUUCGCCCAUAACGCUAUGCUUCGGGGCCUAAACGCCCUCUAUCUGCAAGCUGAGCAGAUAACCGAAUCACAAGACAUCGCCGAUUACCUAGUCUUCCUCCGCAGCUGGGCCGGCUGGGUAUCCCACCACCACACCUUGGAAGAAGAACAGAUGUUUCCUCAAUUCGAAGGGGUGAUGAAGAAGCCCAAUUUCCUCGAAGGAAACGUUAACGAGCACCACGCCUUCCAACCCAUCCUGAAGCAGCUCCUCGCGUACGGGACUGACACCAAGCCCGCUGAAUACAAAGCCUCGACCGUGCGCAGCUUAAUCGAGCAGAUGGCGCCUAGUUUUCGCGAGCAUCUGGCCAAUGAAAUCACCAGCCUCAUGAGCAUGGAACCUUAUGACGGGCCUGCUUUGCUCAAGGUUUACAAAGAAUGUGAAGCUGAAGCGGGCAAACAGGAUAAGAAUGUUGUCCCGCCCAUGGUUCUCGGCCUCCGUGACAUAACCUUCGAGGGUGGAAACCAGUGGCCCGCCAUGCCACCCUUCUCCACUCAUUUUGUGCAUUAUCUGUUCGCACGGAAGCAUGCUGGUGCUUGGCGUUUCCUGCCUUCUGAUACUUGGGGUAAUCCGCGCCCGUUGGCAUUUGGCAAGCCCUAA